AUGAAUUUCAAUGUUUUAUUUCAAUUCUUAUUAUUAUCUAUUUAUUAUCUAUUAUAUUCUUAUGCUCAUUCAGCAUCCAGUUCAUCAGCAUUAGCUAGUACAUCAAUGAAAUUUAAAAAUCCAAGAGUAGAAAAAGAGAAAACUAUUAUUGGACGAAAGAAUAAAGUUUCAGGUGAUGGAGAUGAUGAUGGAAAACCUCAAUAUCAUUCAGAUGAAUCUCGUUUACGUUCAACUCUACUUGAAGGUUAUGUUCCUCAAGCACGACCAGUUGUUAAUACAACAACUGUUACUGUAGUUGAUAUUGGUCUAACUAUAAUACAAGUUAUGGAUUUAGAUGAACAAAAUCAAGUAAUGACAACCAAUGUACAGGUAACAUUAAAAUGGCAAGAUGAACAUUUACGAUGGAUACCAAGUGAUUAUAAUGAUCAAAAUCGUACAGUUUUUGCUACACGUGAAAUUUGGACACCAGAUAUUGUUUUAUUUAAUUCAGCUGAUGUUGCUUAUUCUCAACAACGUGAACAUUAUUUAUUAACUGCACAUUAUAAUGGAACAGUUGAAUGGGUUUUUCCCGAUGUAUUUCGAUCCUAUUGUGAUGUUGUUAUCACUUAUUUUCCAUUUGAUAAACAAAAUUGUACAUUGGAAAUUCAAUCUUGGUCACGUCCAUCCGAUGAAUUAUUAGUUCGUCAUCAACCACAAAAUUUACGUCAACGAACACAAUAUAUUCGUACGGAAUGGCAAGUUUAUGAUGUAUCUGUUAAAAAUGCGACAAUAAAACGUUAUUUAUGGCUUGUAUUUUAUAUAAAUAUGAAACGUAAUUAUCAAUUCUAUGUUAAUCAUAUGAUAUUUCCAUUUUCAAUAUUAUCUUUUUUAACAUUAUUUGUUUUUUGGCUUCCACCUGAUUCAGGUGAAAAAAUAACAUUAACAAUAACUAUUCUUCUUGCAUUAACAGUUUUUUUACAACUUAUUUCGGAAUAUACACCGAAAGCUUCUUCAAAUCUUCCUAUUAUUGGUAUUUAUUUUAAUGUCAAUCUUAUAUUGGUGCUUAUUUCUGUUGUUCUUACAGUUGUUGUACUUAAUUUUCAUUAUCGUGGACCUAAAAAAUCUCGUGUACCACUUUGGUGUCGUCGUAUAGUUAUGUAUAAAAUUGGUCAUUGCCUUGGUUUUCAUUUUCUUACCCGUGAACAAUUAUUAUCACCAACUGUUUCGAAAAAGACUGUUAUACAUCGAGAUAAUACGAAUGGUGAUAUAACUCGUAAUCGUAAUGAUACAAGAUUAAAAUUAAAUGUUAUGAAAACAACAUCAACAACAGUAAACGAUGAUGAUAAUGAAGAUUUAACAUAUACAACACUUCAACAACAUUCACUGACACAUAAUAUUGAACAAAUUCUACUUAAAAUGCAAACACAAUUUGAUCCAAGUAAAAUUGAUGAUGAAAAUUUAAAAAUAUCGAUUUUACGUGAAAUACUUGAAUGUCAACGUUUACUAUUAACAAUACAUGCUAAAAAACAAAAUGUUCAUACACAAGCAUUAUACGAUAUAUAUGAAGAAUGGAAAAUAUUAGCUAUUAUUGUUGAUCGAAUUUGUUUUAUAUUUUAUCUUAUUAGUAUGUUAGCCGCAUCAAUAUUCUUUUUUGCACGUGAACCAAUACUUAAACGGAAUGUAUAA